CAGAUAGAACUUUAAUCCCAAUUUUCAUUUUAAAAACAUUCCUCAAGCUAUUUCAACAUUAAUGACUAAAAUGUUUACUUCCUUUCAAUCUACGAGGUACAUCCACAAACCAUUUUAAAAUACAGAGUACAUUGGACCCUUGACUAUAGAAACGUAAGAAUUUUCCACCACUAUAGUUAAAGGUUAAAUGUUCCCAUCAGGAGUGGCGGGAUAAUUUGGCACUUGGAGAUAUUAAGAAAAUAAUAAAAAAGCGUUUCAUCCAUCCCCACUCGACGGUACUCUCCAAUAUUCAUGAAGCAGAAGAUGAAUUCUUGUUUUAUUCAUUCAGUUUAUUUGAUAUGGCAACAGUGUUGAAAUCAGUUUGGGUGUAAGCGACUGUGUAUAUCUAAUUUAAACUUGUAAUUGAGAAUAAAGUGCGUAAUAAAAUACCGUAGGUCGAUAACAGAAAUGAAAUGUGUUUGUUUAAUAAACAUAAAUAUUUAUCAAGAAAAGAAGGAUGAAUAAAUAACUACGGUGAAAUGAUAAAUCAGUGAAUACAAAGUGAGGUUAUUGCUUUCGUCCGCUAACAGUGAGUGCAAAACAGAAUCUCGUACAGCGAUGCUUCCACUAUUAGUAUUAAUUGUAAUACUAGCAGUUUAUUUAUACAUAAAAUGGAUUUAUUCCCAUUGGAAAAGAACAGGACUACAACAAAUUGAACCAAAUUUUUUAUACGGAAAUGUUAAAAAUACAAUUUUGGGAAGAAUUAGUAUCGGCGAUUUGUAUAAAAACUUUUACGCUGAAUUCAAAUCAAUGGGAUUAAAACAUGGAGGUAUUUACGAAUUUUUAACUCCGGCUUACGUACCAAUCGAUACGGAAAUUAUAAAAUGUAUUUUACAAAAAGAUUUUAAUCAUUUUAUGAACCAUGGCGAGUAUGUUAACGAAGAAUUGGAUCCCCUCACCGGGCAUCUUUUAGCUUUGGAAAACGAAAGAUGGAAGAAACUGAGAGGAAAACUCACACCUACAUUUACAUCAGGUAAAAUGAAGAUGAUGUUUCCAACAAUGGUAACAUGUACUGAAGGUUUAAUAGAUAUCCUUAAAGAUUAUGCUAAAAUUCAAGAUGGUGUAGAUAUCAAGGACGUGUUACAGAGAUUUACAACCGACAUAAUAGGUUCAGCAGCUUUUGGUUUGGAUUGUAAUAGUUUGAAAGACCCCAAUUCCGAAUUUAUGGAAUUUGGUAGGAAAAUAUUUAGAGGCAGUAGAAUCAGGAGUUUGAAACGAAUGAUUUGUAACAAUCUACCAAAAAGUUUUUUGUCGUUUAUAAGAUUUAAACGAACCGACAGAUCUAUAGAAGAUUUUUUCAUGGGAGUUGUUAGAAGUACGGUCGAUUAUAGAGAAAGCAACAACAUACAUCGUAGAGACUUUAUGCAUUUAUUACUGCAGCUCAAAAACAGAGGAAAAGUUACUGAAGAUGAAAGUAUUUUUCCUAAUGGAGACGAAAAAGGAGAUCACUUUCUAACGUUCAACGAAGUUGCAGCUCAAUGUUUCGUCUUCUUUUUGGCUGGUUUCGAAACUUCUUCAACAACAAUGACGUUUGUUUUACUGGAAUUAGCUAAACGUCAAGAUCUUCAAGAUAAAUUGAGAGAAGAAAUAAAAACCGUCAUCCAAAGACACAAUAACAAAAUAACUUACGAAGGUAUAAUGGAAAUGAGUUAUUUAGAUAAAGUUGUUAAUGAAACGUUACGUCUCCAUCCACCUGCACCACUCACCGGAAGAGUAUGUAAUGCUGCAUAUAGAAUCCCCAAUACAGACGUCAUCAUUCAAAAAGGAGAUAAAAUAAGAAUUUCCAUCUUGGGUAUUCAUAGAGAUCCCGAAUAUUACCCGGACCCUGAUACGUUUGAUCCGGAGAGAUUUAACGAAGAAAAUAAAGCUAAGAGACCAAAUUUUUCGUUUUUACCAUUCGGUGAGGGUCCAAGGAUUUGCAUCGGUGAGUUUAUCAUCUCUAUUAAAGGUAAACAAGAGAAACGGCAUCUCCAAAAUUAUUUUCGUCGUAAAAACUAUAUUGAUAGUUUAGAAAUUGAUGACUUAAUUUUAUAUUUAGUACAGAGGUUUUUAGUAAAUUCGAUUAACCAUUUUAAUGAAACAAUUUAUCAAUAAUCUGGGGUGGAUGAAACUUAUACGGAAACGGGGACGUUCCUGAUGGACCGAAUUAGUGUAGUCUUAUGAAUUAACAUCAUUAAUAUCUCUACCUCUAAAGGCGAUAUCUUUCGGCCUUUCUAGUGCUCUGUUCCAGUUGUGUCUUUACCGGGUAUCCACACCCCAAGUCCACGGUUGAUUCAUGACCUUAUCAAUUAGGUAUUUCACAGGUGUAUGAUCUGGAGGUACGUUUACUGCAUCCUCAUCCACCGUAGCUUCAACUUACUAUCGAUUAGGACCUUCAGAGGUAUGUGAACUGCAGAUACAUUCAGGUGCAUCUUCAUGUAUCCAAACACCAAGUUCACUGCCGCUCCGACUCACUGCCAACUAUAAUCUUCACAGAUGUCUGACCUCGAGAUGUAUUCAGCUGUACUUUUACGUCACUUUUUUCCAAACACAAAGUCCAUUGUUGCCUCGUGACUACUAACUAGUGCCUCCAUCUGUGUCUUCAUUAAGCUUGCCAAUAGUUAGGACCAAUACUUUCUCUUCAAUAGGAAUGACGUCUUAAUAUCAUUUUGUCAACUAACCUUGCAGAAACCAUUAUUUCUAAUGGUAUUGUUGUAACGUCUCUCCUUUGAGUUGAAUCGACUCUUAAUACUGUUUCACUAUCGAAUAAGACCCUGAAAGUCUGAAGAUAUAACCAGCUGUAUCUUUACUAAGCUUGCCGAUGCUCAGGACCAAAACUCUCUUUGUCCAUUGUCCACAACCACUAAUCCUGGAACUCUAGUUGCUAUUGGAAUUCAUAAAAUAGUCAUUGUGCUAGUACAUUUUUCUGAAACCAUGGUUUUUAUUGACAUUAAUAGAACGCUGCUUCUUGGAAAUCGAUCGAUAUCACUGUUGUACUUUCUCAAACGGUCACGUCCUUUAUAAUCGUUGGUAUACCUUAUAUUGUCUUUAACCUAAAUAUCAAAUCAUCUCUAAACAGGUUGAGCAUAGUAGUAUGCCACUCUUUGAACCAUUAUUGAUGGAUUUGUUGUUUUCCAGUUGUCUUCUGAGCUUCGUUAUCAACAAUUCACUUGAUUACUAUUCGGGUAUGCUUGUUGAAUCAACUCUACACUAAUUUGUGACUCAUGGCAAAAGAGGUUGUUUAUUUAUUAUAAGAAAUCAUUAUUAAUAACAUUCUGUUCUUUGACCUUUCACUAUCAUCGUCUAACUUUGUUGUCUCCUUUGAUGUCGUUAAUUUCUUAUAUAGUUAAUCUGAGGUACCGACCAAAUUUUUUUUAAAAUAAUUCCAUAACAUUCCAUCACAAUAUGCUGAAAUAUCGAAUUUUUUACUUUGAGUUUUGUUGAAACAAUAAAAUGAAAUGUAGAUAAGGUCUAUAAAGAUUAUAUUUGGGAUAUCGACAAUGCGGAAGUUCCUAAAAUUGAAAGUAAGGAGGGCUCCUAUUUUAGAGUUUAAUCUUUACUUGUAAUUUGACGUUUUUAGUACGAAUAUAUGUAAUUUUUUUUAUAAAUUUAGGUGCAAGAUUCGGCCUUCUACAGACGAAAGUGGGAUUAGUUUCAAUAAUUAAAAAUUUCAAAGUGACUUUGAACGAAAAAACCAAACUUCCAAUUACGUAUAUGCCAAAAGCUAUUAUUUCUAGCGUUGCAGGUGGCGUAUGGUUAAAUGUGCAUGAGGUAGAAUAAAUUUCACAAUUUCAAAUAUUAUUUGUUUAAUAAAUGCAUUUAUUUGAA